AUGAAGUGGGUCGUCGAAUCGUCUCCGGCGGCUGUCACCCGGCGGAGCGGAAAAACGGCGACUUUGCGGCUCUCCGGCGGCUGUCACCCGGCGGAGAGGGGCUGGAUGGAGGUGAGGCGCGUGUUAGGGAGCUUCAUCCUCAGGUCCGCGCAGCAAGAGGAGGCUCUUCAUCGCAUCUGGUACGCUCUCAGGAGGUGGCGACUCGUCUCUCGGCGGAUCGUCCUCUUCCCGACGACGGCUUGUUCGUCGAUCAAUCGGAGAUGAUUUACUCGAUGGAUUGCGAUCCUUUUAUCGCGAAUCGUUCAGCAAUUUUAGUAGCAAUGCUCCGCGAAUCGCGUUGACGAGAUUUUCGCCGAUGAUCCAGCGAUUCCGGUUGCUUAAUCCUUCACCGGCGAUCUGCAGGAAAGUCGCGAUAAUCAGUUAAAAAUAUAUGAAUUUUGACUCUGGGAGGAUUCGAACCCGCGGCGGUCGCCCGGCCUUGAACAAGGUGUGACGCGGGUUUAGUCCCACAUCGGUUGUGCGCGGAUUAUUCAGGCGAAUAUAUAGUAAAGUUAGCUUUUUAGGCAAAAUCCUCUCCCGUGUACGACCACUCCUUGCCCCACAGCCGGCUGACCACCGGUGACGUGGAAGGGGAAUGGCGCACACGUGCCCCUAUCGAUCCAAGCAAGCUGCUCGAGCCCCUGCUCGCGGCUACUCCCCGACUGCGCUUCUGACCCGCUUGCGGGCCCGGCUGGCCGGCAGGUCCCCCCAUUUUGCAAUAUUUUUAUUUUUAUUUCUUGUUCUUCAUUUAUCUCAAAACUAAGACUGUAAAAAUCGUAUAAAAUCACAUAAUUACCCAAAAAUUCACGUUAAUCAACUGAAAACCACUUUUCAUGCUUUAACACAAAUAUAAGUCUAUUUAUCAUGAGUUAAGGCUAAAACUAUAUUAUUUACUAAUUAUUAACUCAUGAUAAUGAAGACUUAUCAGCUACCUCACGACGAUUGUUUUGUCGUCUGUCCAGACGUGCACCGAGAGGGCCUCAAUUACCAUCGUCGAGUGUUUCUCCGAGUUGUCCUGGGUUGAUAUUACAUAUUGGUACGCCUACCUAUACUUAGGUUACGUGGUUAGACCUAGAGUCUAGGGUCCAGACAUUCUUAUCGGAUUGAUCCGACUACCCUAUCUUGGGUCUCAAGUUUUAUUGAUAAGAUACAAGGGUUCUUGCCCCAUCCUACAUCAGAUUAUUCCAACAUUUCAUGCUACUAGAUUAUUCUUUUAACUCAAUAAUAAUCUUCUUAGUAUCUUUUGGUAUCAAUCAAUUUAAUUGAUUUAAUUUUUCAUGUAUGUAAUAUGAUGUAAGAAAUUUGUAAAUUAGAUAGUUCUAAUAGUUCUAUUUUCUAUUUUUAGUUCUAGUUUUAGUAAUAAUAAAUUUGUCAAAAAUAAAUCAAAACUAUCCUCUUUAUAGUUGUAAUUUCGAAUUUUAGUAAUAUAUGUUUAGGGGAUUGAAAUGUGAGAAAAAAGUCUCUAGAAUUUCAAAUUUCGGGAUGUUUUUUGUUUGCUAUUUUUGACAGGGUCUUGUCCCUGAUAGAAAACCAGAAAAUAGAUAUUGUAGUUUACCAAAUUUUAUUUUAUUUGUAUUUUUUCAGUUGCUAUUCUAAUACAAACACAUGUUCUUAAUCAUCCUAUAGCAUAAAUUAAUAAUGAAUACUUCAUCCCCCAACUUAAAAAUGACAUUGUCCUCAAUGACACAGAAAGUUCAAAAUAGAAUAUGUAGAAAAUAUAAUUUUCAAGUGAAGCAUGCAUAUGUACAAAGUUAAGCAUUAAAAAUAUUUUCAUAAAUGAUAAAGCUCAAAAAGACAUCACCUCAACCUCAUUUUUAAUUUUCCACUUCAUCUUACACUCCUCUUGCACUUUUUUUAAAAAAUAAAUACAUAAACAAAUACUACAAAAUUCUAAGAAAAAUAGAGCUUAGAAAAAAAAUCAAGCAAAAUGAAAUAAAAACCAUGGGUUGCGUCUCAUGCAACACUGAAUUUAAUGUCUUUAGCUGGACAACUCUUAGAUCAUAUAAGAUGAUCUAUGACCAUCAAAAUAUAUUUGUAUCCCAAGGUAAGUUUCAUGAUAUUCUUUUUCAGAUUUAGCAUAAAUUCAUAUACUUUAUAUAUACCUUGACAUACUUUUAGUCAAAACAAAAUAGAAAUUAACAAAAAAUUAUCAAAAAUAAUAUUUUUAUUUUAAAAAAAAUCUUUCCUCAUUUCUAUCUUGUUUUGUAAGACUCUCAUUCAUUAAUAAAUACUUUCUAUUAAUAGAUCAUAAAAUAUGAUUAGGCCAUAUAAUUUUCAAAUUAGCUCUUACACAAUCUAAAUUUUUUUCAUCUAAAUUGAUAUAUCUAAUUCUUCCACUCAUCAAUUUCUUAAUGUGUUCUUUUAUCUGCAUAAUCUUCCCCUACUCCAUUUUAUCUUUCAUACAUAUUUAUUCAAUUUGCGAGGAGUGAAAUAUUUCAAGCUUAGAAAUAAUUCUAAUAGGCUAUGGGUUUUGAAGGAUUGAAGGAUUGAAGGAUUGUCUUCUUUAAUCUCAGAUCUAAUAAAUUCAGUAAAAUUCAAAUUUGCUCCUCCAAAAUUAUCUCUAUAUUCAUAUUCAUUAUUUUCGUUUCUCCUCAUUAGUUGAAUCAACUCUUUUUCUAACUUUUCGUUUCUCAACUCAUCAAAUUCUUCAUCUUCCCAAGAGUUAUUUUUUAAUUUUAGUAUAUGAUAUACAUCAUCAUCUUCACUAUCAACAUCCAUGGUUGUAAAAUUAUGAUUAGAUUUAUUAAUUUCAUCUCCUACAUCUCCCAAAUCAAUUGAUUUUUCCUUACCUAAAAUAUAUUUUUCUUCAUUUCUGUCCUUAGUCCCUUCUACUUAAAUUUGGAUGAUUUUUCCAUAAUCAGUUGCUCCAAAAUUUGCUCUUUCUUCAUCUAGGUCUCUUUUUACUCAUCAUCUUCACUAUAUUUAUUCAUCAAUUGUGAGCAAUAAAUGAUUUUAUUCAAUUUUUCUACUACUAUAUUUUCGACCUUACUCCCUUCUACUUAAAUUCAAAUUUGCUCCUCCAAAAUUACUCUUUCUUCAUCUAGGUCUCUUUUUUCUCAUCAUCUUCACUAUAUUUAUUCAUCAAUUGUGAGCAAUAAAUGAUUUUAUUCAAUUUUUCUACUACUAUAUUUUCGAUCUUAAUAUUCUCAUUUACUUCUAAUGGAUCAUCAAUUUCUUCUAAUAAUUAGAAAUAAGGAUCAAUAUAUUUACUGUCAUAACAUUUUCAUUUUGUGGGUUUUUUUUAGAUUCAUGCUACUAGACUCCCCUUGCUGCAAUCCUAUUGUUGGACGGUUCCCUAGAUUUUCUAUAGGCUGAUUAGGUAAUUGUCUCUCUUCUCUCUUAUUCCAAGAGCCUCUAUAAUUUAUUUCUGAUGCAACAUCAUUUGGUUCAUAGUUUGUUGCAUCAUUUGGCUCAUUUGCUACAUCAUUUCCAUAGCAUCAGGUUGGAUUUGAGAGGACCGAUUUUUCUGAAAUCUAUGUUCUUGUUUUGAACGAAAUUUAAAAUUUGAAUUAGAUCUAAGUGCUUUUAGAUUUUGAAUAUUAUUUGGGUUUUUCCACGAAAAAUUAUUCCUCCAAUUAGGAUUAUAAGAAUUAGAAAAAUAUUUCUUAUUUUUACUAAAAUCGUGGGAUACCUGCACUUGUUCUUGCCUAUGAUGAUAUUGAAAUUUUAAAUGAUCAUUUUUACCAUACAUAGGACAUGUACUACUUGAAUUAAAUUGAGGGUUAAGAGGCUUUCUAAUAUUGUCAAUAAGUAAAUCAAUUUUUUCUAAUCUUUCAUUAAUCUGAUUAACCUCAUUUGUAAAUUUAGAAUCAUCAUCAUGAUGCAAUUCAUAAAUUCUUCUCUUCUUAUCCCUAUCAUAUGAUUCAAAAGAAACUUAAUCUCUAAAAUUUUCACUUAAAUUCUCAUAAAGACUAUAAAUCUCAUCAGAAGUUUUCUCCAUAAAAGUUCCUCCACAUAUAGAAUCAAUCAUAUUUCUAUGUUGUUCUAAUAAUCUAUUAUAAAAAGUUCUAUUGAGUUGCCACUUAGGUAUAGCAUGAUGAGGACACUUAUUAAGUAAAUGUUUGAAUGUUUCCCAUGUCUCAUGUAAAGUUUCUUCUGAUCUUUGAGGAAAACUUCAUAUAUGUUUUCUCAAGUUUUGAGUUUUUCUUAAGGAAUAAAAUUUUCGAAGAAAAGCCUAUUCUAUGUCUUUCUCUAUCUAAUGUGAAUAGCUAAUGGCUAGCUUUGUCUCUAAGUAUAUGAAGAAAUAAUUUCAUCUUAAUAAUUUUUGGUGUAACUUGAGGGAGAUUAACUAAAUCACAGACCAUAUGAAAUUUUUCCAAGUGCUAAUGAGAUUCCUCUAAAGGCAAUCCAUGAAAAUUAGGGAGCAUUUGAAAAAUUCCUAGAUUUAUUUUGAAUUUAAAAGUGGGUGCUAAUGGGACUUUAAUAUUGGAUGCUCUUUGAAAUGAAUCAGAGAUAUAAUAAUUUUUCACGGCCAUAAGGUUGUUCUCAGUUUGACCUCUACUUCCUUCAAGAUCCAUCAAAAUUAAUUUUUCUUUCUGAUUUUUAGUUUUGAAUGAAAUAAUGAAAGGAUUUUCUAGCCUUGGAUGCAAGGAUCUUCUACCAUGCAUAAAAAAAUCAAGAAAUUAGACAUAAAAGUUUAGUAAUUAUUACCCUCCUUUAGUAUGCUCCAGUCCUUGCCUUGCUUCUCUUUGUUCCCUUUAAAAAAAAAAAUGGCAAAAAGAAAAUAAAAUAAGAGUUGAAUUUUUUGUGUACUCUAAGAGAAAAAUAGAGAAAUACUAAAUAUUAUGCAAUACAUCCAUUGCUCUUAGCAAUGGUGCCAAAAUUUGAUGUGACUUAGUCAUCUUACUGUAAAUCACAUAAAUUUAAAAUUUAUAAAACUAGAAAAUACGAAUUUUCAGAUAUUUAGAAGUAUUUUUGAAUAAAUAUAUCAAGUAUAAUUUAAUAAAACUUCUUAAAAUAAUAUAAUUUUCUAGGUCGAUCAAAUGAAUGUAAUAGAGUAUCUAGUACUUAUUCAAAAUUGCCCUCAAAGAAUACUAUUUUCUAUAAAUUUUAUACUAGUAUAUGAAAAGGAAAUAUAUUUAAAAUUACGAAAAAAAGAAAUAGGGGUAUAGAUGUCAAGAUGAUACCAGCGCUUGACAAAUGCAAAUUGAGCGAAAAUAGAGCUCCGCUCAGUGAUUCUUAUAUAAGUGAUUACAGAUGAUUUAAUUGAUCAAGUUAAGAUCUAGAAAAACCGAAAGAAUCAUAAUGAAAUGAAGUAUAUCUUUGUAAAUUUAAAAUUAAUAAAUUAUCACUAAAUGAAAGGAAAAUUAAGUUGAAAGUAGGAAAAUAGAGUUCCAACAUCGUGAUGGUGAUGUGUCAAUGAUGCAUCAGAAUCUUGAGCAUUCAGGAAAAUAGAGUUCCAACAUCUCCGCUCAGUGAUGGUGUAGUGUCCAUGGCCUUGAAGGCUCUCUUUGGACAAAGACGACGUGGGCAAUCUCUAGAUUUCUUGUGAAGUCUAGAGAUCAAUGAAAUGGCUUAUCAAAUUAUCUCUGAUGGCUGUCACCUGACGGAGUAGAAAAAUGACAACUUUGUGGCUCUCCAACGACUGUCACUCGACAGAGAGGAGCUAGAUGGAGGUGGGGUGCAUGUUAGGAAGCUUCAUCCUCAGAUCCACACAGCAAGAGGAGGCUCUUCAUCGCAUCUAGUAUGCUCUUAGGAGGUGGCGACUUGUCUCCCAAUGGAUUGUCCUCUUUCCGACAAUAACUUGUUUGUCAAUCAAUCGAAGAUGAGUUACUUGAUAGAUUCACGAUCUUUUUAUCAUGAAUUGUUCAGUAAUUUUAGUAACAAUGCUCUGUGAAAUGUAUUGACGAGAUUUUCGCCGAUGAUUUAGUGAUUCUGGUUACUUAAUCCUUCAUCCGUGGUCUACAAGAAAGUCAUGAUAAAUAGAUAAACAAAAUAUGAAUUUUAGCUCUAGGAGGAUUCGAACUUGCGCCGAUUGCCCCCCCGCCUUUUCUGGGGAGGUGUGAUGGGGGUUAAAAAAGUUUUACAUCGAUUGUGUGCCAAAAUUUCUUGUGAAUAUAUAGUAAUACUACAUUUUUGAUCAAGUCUUUUUCUCGCACAUGUACAACCACUCCUUGCCCCACAGUCAACUAGCCACCAAUGAUGUGGAAGGGGGGUGGCACACAUGUGCCCAAUCGGUCCAAGCCGCUUGAGCCCCUGCUCAUGACUACUCCCCAACUGUGCUUCCGACUUGCUUGCAGACCUGAGGGGUUCCCCCAUUUUGUCUUAUUUUUAUUUUAAUUUAUUUUUCUUCAUUUAUCUCAAAAGUAAGACUAUAAAAAUCAUAUAAAAUUGUAUAAAAUCACAUAAUUACCCAAAAAUUUACGUUAAUCAACUAAAAACAAAUUUUCACACUUUAACACAAAUAUAAGUCUAUUUAUCAUGAGUUUAGGCUAAAACCAUAUUAUUUAUUAAUUAUUAACUCAUGAUAAUGAAGACUUAUCAAUUAUCAAGUCUAGUAUUACUAUAUAUCAACCUCAAAACUCGGCAUAUAACCAAUGUGGGACUAAACCUGGGGUCAUAGCCUCUGAAAAGUUUUAAUAAUUUAAUACUUAAAAUAUCCCUUGUUUAGUAAACCACACAAAUUUUAAAUUUAUAAAACUAGAAACUUGGCAUCUUAAUUUGACUAAUUAAAUCAUCUAUAAUCAUUUAUGUAAAAAUCACCAGGUAGAACUCUAUUUCUGCUUGAUUCGCAUUCAUUAGGUGCUGACAUCAUCUUGACAUCAUCUAGUUUUAUAAAUUUUAAAUUUCUAUGGUUUACUAAACAAGGGAUAUUAAAAUUAUUAAACUUUUCGGAGGUUGUGACCCCAAGUUUAGUCCCACAUUGAUUAUAUGCUGAGUUCUAAAGUUGAUAUAUAGUAAUACUAAAUUUGAUAAUCAAUGUGUCCCUUUCUCACAAGUGUACCACCACUUUUUAUCGCAUGCCCAACUGGCCAUUGAUGAUGUGGAAGGGGAGUGAUGCACAUGUGUCCCCUAUUAGUCCGUCUUUAGCUGCUCAAGCCCUUGCUCACGAUUCUGCCUAUCUAUGCUUCCAACCUGUUUGUGGGCUUGACUAG